UGCAUUUGUCCGCGUCUUACACAGGGCUGCUUACAACUCCAAAAUGUCUACUCCAACAACCUACGUUCAAUGAUUGAAGGGCGCAGAAAUUGCCUGCCCCAGGCUCCCAUCUGCCUCACCGCCAACAACAGUCAUUCGCCUCAAAAAUAGUCUCCUCCUCCUUCGAGAUACCCAAACUCGAUACCGCCAGUAUUUUGAUUCCUUCUCCGACAUUUAAACGUUGCUUGUCGCCAAAAUGCCUAUGAACCGAGACCAGCUAGAAGCUCUCACGGAGAGGGACGUCCACGACCCCAUCCCCUCUGAACUCUUACAGCAGGCUUUGAGCACGCCGCCCUUCCUCCCCGUCCCCGAGCUCAUCAACAUCCGCGACCUCGGCGCCGUGCCCGGCUCCGGCGUCCGUCAAGGUCUCGUCUACCGCUGCGGCAUGCUCGAAGUCGCCAACCAGAACCCAGAGGCGCUCGAUUGGCUGGCCGCCAACGUGAAGCGGGUUUUUGACGUUCGUAGCUCUGCGGAACGUGGGAAGCAUCCCGAUCCAGAGGUCGCAGGGGUUGCAAACACAUGGCUGGAAAGCGCGGGCACUCACACCCCGCCUGACCUGAAUGAUUUUGUCGAGGCCGGGGGCGAAGUUGGACUUCGGAAGGAGUAUCUCAAGGUCCUUGACUUAUACCAGCCCAUCUACCGAGCCAUAUUGGAGCACGUUCGUGACAAGCCCGAGGAAUCUUUUCUCUUUCACUGUACCGCCGGAAGAGACCGCACAGGCGUGAUGGCAGGUCUCCUACAAUCUCUCGCGGGCACCGCGCCCGAAGACGUCCGCUUCGACUACAUGCUCUCGCGCAUCGGCACCGAGCCAGCGAGGGAGCGGCUCCUCCAGCAGGCCCGUGCCGGCGGCGGUAGUCUCGCUUUCGAACAGCACCGAGGCUUCUACAACCUGUGCAGCCUACGGACGUCGUGCUGGGAUGCGUUUGUCGCAGCGCUGCAGGAAGCGCACGGCGGCUGGGAGGGGUACGUCGUUGGGGCUCUGGGGUUUUCGAGCGACGAUUUGGCUAGGAUCAAGGAUAACCUUUCAGGGCGCGGAGACUAGACGUCUUGGACUGUAUUGAUGGUUGGAGCCUAUGGCAACCAUGUGCUGUUCAAGGGUUUCUCAAGGCACCAUGAAUACAAUCAAUCUCUGAGAAGGUUCAGUGGCGCGGUCACCUCGAUGGUGAUGUCCUCGACGUAAGGAAAGUAAUACCGCCGCGCUGGUUCCUUCUCCCCCACGCAGGGCAGUAAGCAGAAGUUCCACUGAACCAACCCCUUUCAUCAUUGUAAAUGGAAGUGUGAAGGGCGUAAAGGGUGUCUCAAACUGGCGGAAACAUACCGCAGCAAUCCGCCAGCCCACAUCUUACCUCCACCGAUGGCCAUAUCAGGAGAAUAGCCUAAAGAACAAUCCCAUACGAACGAGGAAGGCUCGGCAUGGAGUCGCUCUUUUUCACCGCACUCAAUGCGGUCCUCGCUGUGGUGGAAAGAGCCAACUCUGCCAAGCCAUAUACUACUUAGCCUUAGCUGUAGACGUUGUAGACAGAAGCACAGGGGCGUUGAUGAGGAUAAGAUUUCC